AUGUUCAACAGUUUCAUAUUUUUGUUUGUUGUAGUGACGGGCUUAUGUGAGUCUGCCAAUAUUUUGUAUGUGAUGCCUUUUACUUCUAAAUCUCACCAUAUUAUGUUGAAGCCGAUUGGAUUAGAAUUAGCUAGAAGGGGUCACAAUGUGACCGUCAUCACUGGGUUUCGAGAUAAGAAUGCUCCUGCAAAUUACCGUCAGAUACAAGUUGAUCAGAAAGAAAUAUGGGACGUCAUAGGAACCAAAAGACCGAACGUUUUCGACAUGGUCGGGGUAUCAACUGAAGAAUUUCACAAUAUGAUUCUCUGGAGAGGGGGACUAGGAUUCACAAAUCUAACUUUAAAUUCAGCUGAAGUGAAGAGUUUUUUAGCUGAAGACAACAAAUUCGAUUUAGUCAUUUGCGAGCAGUUUUUCCAAGAAGCGAUGAACAUAUUAGCACAUAAAUACAAAGCUCCUUUAGUUCUAGUUACCACAUUCGGAAACUGUAUGAGACAUAACAUCAUGAUAAGAAACCCAUUGCAGCUAGCCACUGUGAUCAGUGAAUUUUUGGAAGUGAGGAACCCGACCAGUUUCUUCGCAAGGUUAAGAAAUGUAUACUUCACCGUUUACGAAUACGUUUGGUGGCGAUAUUGGUACUUAGAAGAACAAGAGAAAUUGGUCAAGAAGUACAUUCCAAAUUUAGAAGAACCAGUGCCCACUUUGCUUGAGAUGCAAAAGAAUGCCUCCCUGAUACUAAUUAACGGACAUUUUAGUUUUGAUACUCCAGCUGCGUAUCUUCCCAAUAUUAUUGAAAUUGGCGGAGUGCAUCUUUCCAAGAGUGACACUAAGCUGCCCGCGGAUUUGCAAAACAUUUUAGACGAAGCAAAGCAUGGAGUCAUUUACAUUAACUUUGGAUCGAACGUGCGUAGUGCUGAACUACCGUUAGAAAAAAGAAAUGUAUUUUUGAAUGUAAUUAAGAAACUGAAGCAGACUGUGGUGUGGAAAUGGGAAGAUGACAGUCUAGAUAAAAUGGAUAAUUUAGUCGUGAGAAAAUGGCUACCACAAAAAGAAAUAUUAUCCCACCCAAAUAUCAAAGUAUUCAUAUCGCAUGGUGGAUUGAUCGGAACACAGGAAGCCAUAUUCCACGGCGUGCCUAUAAUUGGAGUUCCUAUUUACGCUGACCAAUACAAUAAUUUAUUACAAGCAGAAGAAAUUGGAUUUGGGAAAAUACUCGAAUUCAAAGAUAUCAGAGAACAAAACUUAGAUAAUUACUUGAGAGAGCUUCUUACAAACAAUACUUACAGAGACAAAGCUAAAGAGAUGUCUAUUAGGUUUAAAGAUAGACCGACGACUGCUUUAGAUACAGCUAUGUAUUGGAUUGAAUAUAUUAUAAGGCAUAAUGGGGCUAGUUUUAUGAAAAAUCCAGCCAGAAAAUUGCACUGGAUCCAAUACGCAAUGCUAGAUGUUUAUGGUUUUAUAUUAGCAGUAGUGUUAACUAUUUUUUACACUAUUUACAAACUAAGCAGUUUCAUAUUGCAUAAAUUGAAAGCUCCUGAGAGACUUAUUAGAAAAAAGUUUGAUUGA